CCGCCCCAUCGAGCCGCCCUCGCUCGAUUGCUCCAGUCUGGCGGCGGCAGCAUGGCGGCGGGGGCGGCUGAGGCGGCGGCUGUUGUGGAGGUCGGUUCAGCCGGGCAGUUUGAGGAGCUGCUGCGCCUCAAAGCCAGGUCCCUCCUUGUGGUCCAUUUCUGGGCACCAUGGGCUCCACAGUGUGCUCAGAUGAACGAUGUGAUGGUGGAAUUAGCCAAAGAACACCCUCAGGUUUCCUUUGUGAAGUUGGAAGCUGAAGCUGUUCCUGAAGUAUCUGAAAAAUAUGAAAUUAGUUCUGUUCCCACCUUUCUGUUUUUCAAGAAUUCUCAGAAAAUUGACCGAUUAGAUGGUGCACAUGCCCCAGAGUUGACCAAAAAAGUGCAGCGGCAUGCAUCUAGUGGCUCGUUUGCACCUGGAGUAAAUGAACAUCCUAAAGAAGAUCUCAACCUCCGUCUAAAGAAAUUAACUAAUGCUGCUCCCUGCAUGCUAUUCAUGAAAGGGACUCCUCAGGAACCCCGCUGUGGUUUCAGCAAGCAGAUGGUAGAAAUUCUGAACAAACAUAAUAUUCAGUUUAGCAGUUUUGAUAUCUUCUCAGAUGAAGAAGUUCGUCAGGGUCUCAAAACCUAUUCCAAUUGGCCCACCUAUCCUCAGCUGUAUGUAUCUGGAGAGCUUGUCGGAGGACUUGAUAUAAUUAAGGAACUAGAAGCAUCUGAAGAGCUAGAUACAAUUUGCCCCAAAGCUCCCAAAUUAGAGGAAAGGCUCAAAGUACUGACAAAUAAAGCUUCUGUGAUGCUCUUUAUGAAAGGAAACAAACAGGAAGCAAAAUGUGGAUUCAGCAAACAAAUUCUGGAAAUACUAAAUAGUACUGAUGUUGAAUACGAGACAUUUGAUAUAUUGGAGGAUGAAGAAGUUCGGCAAGGAUUAAAAGCUUACUCAAAUUGGCCAACAUACCCACAGCUGUACGUGAAAGGGGAGCUCAUUGGAGGACUGGAUAUUGUCAAGGAACUGAGAGAAAAUGGUGAAUUGCUGCCUACACUGCGAGGAGAAAAUUAAUAAAUGUUAAACUUGGAGCCCAACUAUUGCAAGAAAUAUUUAAUUAUGGUGGAGCAGUUCAUGAUUUAGUCCUUAGAAUUGGACUAGGAGUAGAAAACUGCUUCUACCCAAUUAUGCUUUGUGUCCUUCACAAGGUUGUGCUAAAUGUGUUACAUUUUUUUCCACCGAAACUACAAUGCAAAAAACAUCUUCAAAUUAAAUUAAAAGUUGUGUUAAAAAAAAAUGUGUCUUUACUGUGAUGUUAAACAUACAGUUACUGCCGUUAACCCACUUUACAUCUCUUUUUCAUAAUAUGUGGGAAUCUCUUAGCAAUUAAGAAAUAAACAGUCUUCAGAAAAUGGAGGGAGAACUGUAUCAGAUGGAGUCUGGUCCACGGCAGGCCUCAGAGUAACUCAGAUGCCGACCUGCUGGCUCCCCCCACUGGCUGAAAGAGCUCUUUGCAGCUUAGGAAAAAUGCAACCAAGAAUCUCUUUCUGAAAGCAUCACUGAACUUGGUACUGGUGGAGUCGUAAAGGUGACGUAGACUAGCUCUGCAAAUCCAGAGGCUCAGUUCAGAAAGCAUUUAUGGUGUGUCUUCACGUCCAAGAAACAUUUGAGUGGAAUAUGAUUGCUCAUUACGUGUGUUAUGGCAGACUUUUUUUCCCGUUCUGUCUAGCAGAAUGGGAGUGAAGUCCUCAGGUGGAAAAGUGCUGCCAGUUAGUCCCAGGCAUCAGCUGACCCUUCAGACGGGUUAAGAAUGUCCUGAGAUCUGUGGAAAUUUCUGUAGUAUUUUUGAUCCUGAAUCUGAACUGUGUUUAAUAAAUAGCUGCUCUGUCAGGUUCUGUUGGGCAUGCUCUGGGCAGGGGGCUGGAUUUGCUGCCGUGGCUCCUGGCUUCUGGGUACCCGUUGCCCUGCCGUCCUCACUGAAUUACCAACCUGCUGGCCUGGGUGAGGGAGGCUCCACGCCACUCCUGGUGGAGGUGAGCAAAGGGGAGAGAGGGAAGCUUGGGUCACUCUUACGAAGGUUGCCUUCACUUGGUCAGCAACAGGCUGUCUGGGUCGUGCGAGAAGAGGCAGCCGGGUGAUGCUGGGUGUGCGUUAGCAUCAGGCGGUUGGCAUGAGAUCACGAAGGCGGACGUGGCCUUCUGGCCUCUUGCUAGGAGCUGUGAGAGCCCAUCAUGCUGGAUUUUCUUGUCACUGUGUGAAAUUAAGUGGGGCUCUUUGGGGCAAUGGUCCUUGACUGUUUUUUUCAUUUAAAUUAAAAAUCAUCAUACAAGUAAAACUUUAAAAUGCAAGUGGUAAUGGAAUUUUAACUGAAAUUUCAUUAAGCCAGUGGCCUCAGGGAUGUGUGUGAUUAAGGGGGAGGAGCCUAUAACCUACUAGUAUCCUUUAUUCCAAACUGAAAUCAUGUGCUUACUCCUUUCAUGAUUUUUUGCUUUAUCUACAAGUGCUGCCUGUCCUGUUCACUUCAUCUUACCCUAACUAAGCAAUAAUAUCUUUGCUAUAACGAUCUGAUAUAAAGCUGGUUGUUUUUGUCUUUCUGACACAUU